AUGGAACUUUCAUAUGCGUACACUAUUGACUAUUCACAAAUCAGGCCAAUCACAGAAAAAUUAAUUCAAAUAAACCAAAAUAAUAUUCAGCUUAGUAGUGAAUCAAUUCAAGAUUUUAUUGAUGUUCUAACGGUAAAUUAUGAAGAUUGUCCCGCUUAUUGGAAUCGUACAAUGAAAUUUCUACCCAUAUGUUCUACUGUUCAAGGUUUCACAAU